GUGGGCUGAUUUGUAGUUUGAACACGUGGCUCAUUCAAAAAAGCCGGAAUAGCAGAAGAUUUUUUUUUUCACCCCCUUCUUCUUCUUCUCCUCAUUCUAGGCUCUAGAUUUAGAGGCGGGCACCAGCCUUACCGUGUGUGACAUUCUCUGUCUCUUUACCAAGGGGUUUGGAGGAAGACACAACAUAGUUUCUCCUCCUUUUCACCCAGCCCGCCAUCGUUUGGAGACACGAGAUUAAUAAUUGAGCAUUUAUUUAUUGCGCGAUAGAGACAGAGGGGCGAGGGAGAGCAAACGCACAGUGAGGCUGCCAGUUUAAAUCUAUCUGUGGCUCGAACGACCGGGAGGCACGCCACAGCCACUCCGUAAUAGUAAAGGCGAUUUAGGCUACUCCAAACCCUGCACACCCGUGAGAGCAACUAACUAUCUCUCCCUCAGCGUAAAGAUUGUCCCUUUUCUGCACAGAACAUGAAUAAGCUAUACAUUGGCAACGUGAGCGCUGAGGCGAGCGAGGAGGACUUCGAAACUAUCUUUGAGCAGUGGAAGAUUCCGCACAGUGGUCCGUUUCUUGUCAAAACUGGCUAUGCGUUUGUGGAUUGCCCGGACGAGAAAGCUGCAAUGAAGGCCAUCGAUGUUCUUUCAGGUAAAGUUGAACUUCAUGGGAAAGUUCUCGAAGUGGAGCACUCGGUCCCUAAACGUCAAAGGAGCUGUAAGCUGCAGAUCAGGAACAUCCCCCCUCACAUGCAGUGGGAGGUUUUGGAUGGUAUGCUUGCUCAGUAUGGUGCAGUAGAGAGCUGUGAACAAGUAAACACUGACACAGAGACUGCAGUAGUCAACGUUCGAUAUGCAGCCAAGGACCAGGCCAGGCUUACUGAGGAAAUCCCACUGAAGAUACUUGCACACAACAACUUUGUAGGAAGAUUAAUUGGGAAGGAAGGACGCAACCUGAAGAAAAUCGAGCAAGAUACGGGGACCAAGAUCACAAUCUCACCUCUCCAGGACUUGACUCUGUACAACCCAGAGCGGACCAUCACAGUGAAGGGCUCUAUCGAGGCCUGCGCAAGAGCCGAGGAGGAGGUGAUGAAGAAGGUCAGGGAAUCGUAUGACAGUGACAUGGCUGCCAUGAACCUCCAGUCCAACCUGAUUCCAGGAUUGAAUCUGAACGCUUUGGGUUUGUUCCCCAGUGGAGCACCAGGCAUGGGUCCCUCCAUGUCCAGUGGACCACCUCCUGGAGCCCACGGUGGAUGCUCAUCAUUUGGAGGACACCCAGAGUCGGAAACUGUUCACCUGUUCAUCCCUGCGCUUGCGGUGGGAGCCAUCAUUGGAAAACAGGGUCAACACAUCAAACAGCUGUCACACUUUGCUGGAGCUUCAAUUAAGAUUGCCCCUGCAGAAGGAAUGGAUGCCAAACAGAGGAUGGUCAUCAUCAUUGGACCGCCAGAGGCUCAGUUUAAGGCUCAGUGUCGCAUAUUUGGCAAGCUUAAGGAAGAGAAUUUCUUUGGACCGAAGGAAGAGGUGAAGCUGGAGGCUCACAUCAAGGUCCCUUCCUUUGCCGCUGGACGAGUCAUUGGGAAAGGUGGAAAAACGGUAAAUGAGCUGCAGAACCUGACCUGUGCAGAGGUGGUGGUGCCCCGGGACCAGACGCCUGAUGAGAAUGACCAGGUUAUAGUAAAGAUCAGCGGACACUUCUUUGCAUGCCAGCUUGCCCAGAGAAAGAUCCAGGAGAUCCUGGCUCAGGUGAGGAGGCAGCAGCAGCCUAAGCCCACAUCUGGAGCCCAACCUCCACAGCCCCGCAGGAAGUAAAAGCUCCAGCGGACCUGGAGGAAUGGUGACUGAAUCUGCCAGAAGACUCGACCGAUGCAACGGAGUCCAGGGGGAGAAGACAAGGGGUCGUAAUGCUCAUCUCAGGGCGUCGAAGGUUAUCAGAACCCAAACCUCCACCCCUCGUCUGUCUUGAUUAAAAUUGUGGCUAAUAAGGGACCCUACGCCUCUAAACCUCCACCCACCUCACCUCUGCAUCUCUGUGAGAAUGUACUUCUGGGGGCUCCCAACAAUGUCACCUGCCCUCACAUGUACGCACCCUUCGACUGCUCUCCUUCUCCCACCCCCCCUCCCCCCCCGGGUGUGUUUUUUAUUUGUUUUUUUGUCCUUUUUACACUAGAAACACAAACAAAUAAGGAUCCCCCUCCUAUCACCUACUUGGUGUGGUACUUCAAACCUGACUAGAUGUUUUGGUUGACUUCAGAUUUUUUGUUUUUGUUUUUUGUGUUUAAUUGGUUGGUAAAGCUUCCACAUGAGUUUUCUGUGGAAGUGAAAAGGCAUUGCUAUCAGGUCCUGGUUGGACCAACAGGUUUAUUUUGGGGGAGGGUUGGCUCAGAUUGGGUGGGUCAUGUUUAGGGAAAGAUUCUUGUUUCAGGACAGGAACCCUGAAAGGGUGGAUUAUAUUGGGCAUCCUGCCCCUGUAAUGAUAGUGGCAUUUUAUAAAUUUAGAUGCAUUUUAUAGAUAGACCUAUAUACAUGAUGAGUAUAUAUAUAUAUAUAUAUAUAUUUAGAGGUUAGGGCAGCGCCACGACUGACACUUAGGGAAACAGUGCCGAACUGCUGCUGCCCAGGAAAACCAAUUUAAUAUGCAUUUUACUUAACUACCUCAGGAUCUAGUACCUCAGAAGAGAAAAGAAAAUGAUUAUAUAUAUAUGAAAAAAAUGUUCCUUUUCUUUUUUAUUUUGCUUUUGUGGUAUUUUGUAUACUUUAUAAAGCUGAUAGUCUUUGAACAUUUUUAUUUUUUUAAGAAAAUUUAAAAUUUGGUCAGCUGCCAACUGACCUUGCCUUCAACUCUGGUGCUUUAGGUGGCAUUGUUCAUGUGUAUGUGUGACUUAAGAUGACCCUGUACAUAAAGUCUAUUUGUACAUAGCAUCCCUGGAGCAAGAGUUGGCGCCCUCUCAGCUGGCGGCUGACAGGAGUGUCGAGAAAAUCUCCUCAGUUUUUCCCCUGAGGGUCCACCAUUUUCUGAAAAAAAAGUACAAAACAACUAAGACAUGCAAAUAAUGCCAACCGUACAUCAUUGCAGCAAUGCCAUUUAGUUUUGGAAUUGACAUUAUUGGUGACUUCAAUUUGUCCAAAAAAAAUUGUGGUCAGUGUGGACUAAUGGUCCUCUCUCUUGCUGCCCUACUGUCAGCAGAGCGUCAUAUUUUAUUUUUUAUUUUUUUGUCUGUUCUGUUCCCAGGCCAUUUGCCACCUUUUUGACUAUGGCGUCUUAGCAAGGUCCAAGCCCAACUAGUUUAUUUUCAUAGAGCAAGCUUUGUCAGUUCGGAGUGGCCCUUGUAGCGAGGCCAUCAAGUCAAUGUUAACGUCGUUCGCUGCAUGGUGAGGGUAGGGGGGAGUAACACUGAAACGCUUUUUUUCUUUUUUCUUUUUUUUCUUUUUUGGACGCUAUAGGAAAAUGAUUUAAACAAUUAAUUCUCUCUAACCCACAAAUGUAACUUGAUGUUUCAAAUUGUUCAAACAGAAAAGGCACACAAAAUCCUCAAUGAACCCUGACUUGGGGGUAAAAAGAGGAAAGGAAUCCAGAACUUAAAUAUACAAUUUAUUUCAUUUGUCUCUUCAUGCCGAAUGUAAAUGUUGAUUGUGGUAAAAGUGCUUGAGUGUAUCCAUGCUUCCACAGUAGAACGCCGUCUACCUCAGCUGAGGGGGUGGGGGGUUGUUGUGGCACGAGGCACCCAACCCUGCCCCCACUGAGCGCCAGUGCGCACUGAUACCUCAGUCCCCCGAACUCUUCUUUCUACAUGGGCGCGCCAUCCUGACAUCGCGCUUAACUGAGGGGCACGAGUGAUACUUAAAAAUAUCCCCGACACCUCCCCGAUCCCCUGCUUCCUUCCUGCCAAACCACCCUCCCCAUCCCUUUCCCCUCCUCCGCAGUUUGUUUUGAUCUACCUCUUUAGACACGUAUUUGAAGUAGAGGCAUUCUUCUACGUAUUUGUUAGAAUUUAGCCCCCCAUCCCCUCCUUUUUGCUUCCCCUGAUAUGAAAUGAAAACUUAAAACUAAAAUCAUGUACUCUUUAGAAUUGAGAGAAUAAUGAAAGUGAUCAAAAUAUUUUCUUUUGCCAGUGUUCAUAUCUUUUUGGCUUAAUUGAAAUCCUCAAACGAUUAUUUCUUUCUGCUUUCUAUUUUUGGUGGUGUGGCUUACAUGUAUUUGAACUUUUGCUUGGCUUUUUUGUGAAAAAGGUCAAAUCACGUGUUUGAUUUUUGCAUUCAAUAGUUAAUACAAAAAAAUAACGGUUUAUAAAAAAAGGCCUGCCUUUUUUGUUUCUGAUUUGUAAGACUUCAAAAUAGA